AUGCAUAUCCCAUCUCUCUUCGUCGACCCAUUCUCCCCUCUCCUGAAGCAUCCCACGGAGCAACGUCUCAAGAAUGUAGCACACGCUCCAAAACGCCCAUGCAACCUCACGAUGGCUGAGAAGCAGCUCGCCGUUCGCAACGCUCUCCGCUACAUCCCAAAAAAGCAUCACGCUCUUCUCGCCAAGGAAUUCGCAGAGGAGCUCAACACUUACGGCCAUAUUUAUGGGUAUCGAUUCAUGCCAAACUUUGAUUUGUAUGCACCGCCGGUGUCGGAGAUCGGAGCCAAUUGUGAGAAAGCGUCGGCGAUAAUUCUGAUGAUUCUGAAUAAUUUGGACAAGAGAGUGGCUCAGUUUCCACAGGAAUUGGUGACUUAUGGAGGGAAUGGUCAAGUUUUCAGCAACUGGAUCCAAUUCCGUCUUGUCCUCCGCUACCUCUUUACCAUGACAGACCAUCAAACCCUGGUCCUCUACUCUGGACACCCACUAGGACUAUUCCCUUCUACACCGGACUCUCCCAGAAUGACUGUCACUAAUGGAAUGAUGAUCCCAAGCUACUCUACCAAAGAGUUGUAUGACAAGUACUUUGCUUUGGGAGUCACUCAAUACGGUCAGAUGACUGCUGGAAGUUUUUGUUAUAUUGGACCACAGGGGAUUGUGCAUGGGACUACGAUCACCGUUCUCAACGCCGGUCGCCGUAUGGGUCUCUCCUCUCUCGCCGGAAAAGUGUUCGUCACUGCAGGCCUCGGAGGAAUGAGUGGUGCUCAACCGAAAGCAGCGAAGAUUGCAGGAUGCAUCGGAGUCAUUGCUGAAAUAAGUGAGACGGCGUUGUUGAAGAGACAUCAACAGGGAUGGCUGGAUGUUUAUUCGAAAGAUCUGGAGGAAAUUGUGAAUUGGAUCAAGGAGUAUAGGGAGAAGAAAGCGGCGAUUAGUAUUGGUUACUUGGGAAAUGUGGUGGAUUUGUGGGAACGUCUCGCCGAGGAACCCGAAUGCCUUGUUGAGCUCGGAAGUGACCAAACUUCCCUCCAUAACCCAUUCCUUGGAGGAUUCUACCCUGCAGGUCUCACCUUCGAAGAAUCUAACGAGCUUAUGACAACUGACCCCGCGAAAUUCAAAAAACUUGUUCAAGACUCUCUAAUCCGUCAGAUCGCCGCAAUCGACAAGAUUGCUGCUAAAGGAAUGUACUUCUGGGAUUACGGUAACGCGUUCCUUUUGGAGUGCCACAGAGCUGGAGCCAACUUGCUGAGAGAGGAUGCUCAAGAUGAUAAGUCCUUUAGAUAUCCAAGUUAUAUGCAGGAUAUUAUGGGCGACAUUUUCUCAAUGGGUUUCGGACCAUUCCGCUGGGUUUGUACUUCUGGGAAACCUGAAGAUUUGAGAUUGACGGAUCAGACAGCGUGCAAGAUUAUUGAUCAGUUGAAGGAGACUAAUGUUCCGGAGUACGUGAAACAGCAGUAUCUGGACAACAAAAAAUGGAUAGAGGAGGCUGAGAAAAACGAGUUGGUCGUUGGAUCCCAGGCACGUAUACUGUAUUCCGAUCGUGCUGGAAGAGUCGCCCUGGCUGCUGCCUUUAAUGAGUUGGUCAGAACUGGAAAGGUGUCUGCACCAAUUGUGAUUUCUCGUGAUCAUCAUGAUGUGUCUGGAACGGAUUCUCCAUUCCGUGAGACAUCGAAUGUAUACGAUGGAAGCGCGUUUACAGCGGAUAUGGCGGUUCAGAAUUGUAUUGGAGACUCCUUCCGUGGCGCCACGUGGGUUGCUCUUCACAAUGGAGGAGGUGUUGGGUGGGGUGACGUCAUCAACGGAGGCUUCGGGCUGGUUCUUGAUGGGUCACCUGACGCGUCCCGUCGUGCGGAGGGUAUGUUGAACUGGGAUGUUCCGAAUGGAGUCGCCCGUCGUUCUUGGUCUGGGAAUGCCAAGGCGCAGGAAGCGAUCCGUCGUGCGGAGCAGCAAGUCGAUGGGAUGAAAGUGACGAUUCCAGUGGAGGCGGAUGAGGAGUUGUUGAAGACUUUGAAGUUUUGA